AUGGCUGCGUUGGCUGCUCCCGGCCUGCUCCGCCCAGUCCUUGCUCUGCGCUCGGGCGUGGGCGCGGCUGCUCAGGUACGAUGUGUCCAUGCCAGUUUGGCUGCUGACAGUCCAAGCAGCACACAGCCUGUCUCGUCCAAGACUGGAGCCGUGGUCCCCAAACCCAGCUCGCUUCCUAGCAGCCGGGGCGAGUAUGUGGUGACCAAGCUGGACGACCUCAUCAACUGGGCCCGCCGGAGUUCCCUGUGGCCUAUGACCUUCGGCCUGGCCUGCUGUGCAGUGGAGAUGAUGCAUAUGGCAGCACCCCGCUAUGACAUGGACCGCUUUGGCGUGGUCUUCCGAGCCAGCCCACGCCAGUCAGAUGUCAUGAUUGUGGCCGGGACACUCACCAACAAGAUGGCCCCCGCACUCCGCAAGGUCUAUGACCAGAUGCCAGAGCCGCGCUAUGUUGUGUCCAUGGGGAGCUGCGCCAACGGAGGAGGCUACUACCACUACUCGUACUCCGUCGUGAGGGGCUGUGACCGCAUCGUGCCCGUGGACAUCUACGUCCCAGGCUGCCCACCUACCGCCGAGGCCCUGCUCUAUGGCAUCCUGCAGCUGCAGAAGAAAAUCAAGCGAGAGAAGAGAAUCAAGAUCUGGUAUCGAAGGUAG